UUGACAGUUCAUUUGACAUUGACGUUUUGUUUUGAUUGUUGACGGCCGAGCGAGCCGGUAAUUUGAUUAAUUUACGUCGCGCAUGAAUAAAUACUCCAUACUGUGCGGUUUUCGUGUUGUUUGUUCAGCGUUUCUGAAGAUAACACCGCCCCUUGAGGAGUGCGCUGCGUGACUUGCACUAAAGAUGCAUCGCUUGUCGCUGCUGCUGCUGGCGUUGGCCGCCGCCUCCGCGGCUGGUUUCAUCAGGGUGCCCCUGUACCGCAUGGAGACGGUCCGGCGGCACCUGGUGGGUGUGGGCACUGAGGUGACUCCUGUGCGCAUCAAGUACCGCGUGGCGGGACCCGCGCCCGAGCCUCUCUCCAAUUAUCUCGACGCUCAAUACUACGGUCCGAUCUCUAUCGGCACGCCGCCGCAGACAUUCAAGGUGGUGUUCGACACGGGCUCCUCCAACCUGUGGGUGCCCUCUAAGAAGUGCCACUACACCAACAUCGCCUGCCUGCUGCACAACAAGUACGACAGCAGCAAGUCCAAGUCGUACCGCAAGAACGGCACGGAGUUCGCCAUCCACUAUGGAUCCGGCAGCCUCUCCGGGUUCCUCUCCACCGAUGACGUCACCGUGGGCGGCAUCACGGUGUCGCAGCAGACGUUCGCGGAGGCGAUGUCGGAGCCCGGGCUGGCGUUCGUGGCCGCCAAGUUCGACGGUAUCCUCGGCAUGGCCUUCAGCAGCAUCGCCGUGGACGGCGUGGCGCCGGUGUUUGACAACAUGGUGGCGCAGGGACUCGUCAAGCCUGUCUUCUCUUUCUACCUGAAUAGGGACCCGUCGGCGGCGCAGGGCGGCGAGAUCAUCCUGGGCGGGUCGGACCCGGCGCACUACCGCGGCAACUUCACGUACGUGCCCGUGCACAAGCCCACCUACUGGCAGUUCCGCAUGGACGCCGUCAACGUCGCCGGCCACGCCUUCUGCGCCAACGGUUGCGAGGCGAUCGCGGACACGGGCACGUCCCUCAUCGGCGGCCCCACGGGCGAGGUGGAGGCGCUGAACCGCGCGCUGGGCGCCACGCCGAUGGCGUUCGGCCAGUACGCCGUGGACUGCGCGCUCAUCCCGCACCUGCCGCCCGUCAGCUUCACCAUCGCCGGCAACACCUUCACGCUCGAGGGCACCGACUACAUCCUGCGCGUGUCGCAGUUCGGCAAGACAGUGUGCCUGUCCGGGUUCAUGGGGCUGGACAUCCCGCCGCCCAACGGGCCGCUGUGGAUCCUGGGCGACGUGUUCAUCGGCAAGUUCUACACAGAGUUCGACAUGCAGAACAAGCAGAUCGGCUUCGCGCCCGCCGUCUGAGCGCCGGCUACACGCGGCCCGUUCUAUCGUACUAGCUGGAUUUUGCGGCUGACGAGAAAGUUGUUCUAACGUAGACUAGUCGAAAAAAUUAUGGUUUAUGAAAAAAAUAAAGUUUUCUCGGCGGCAUGUAAUAUUCAUCUGGUAUAAGGUACAGCCAAAUAGUACAGUAAUCUAAUCUUACUAUUAUGUAUUUUAGAUGUAGCUUUCAAAUAUUUUGUUGUUACGCAACUGAGGUUGCAGCCCAGUUACAAUUUUUGUUGUUGUAUGUAGUUAGAAGUUCCUUCGGUAUUUAAGUUUAGUAUCGUCGAGUGCUUCGAGCUGUGCCCGCGUUUAGUUGCGCGGCGGCCGCAUCGAUCAUUCGUUAAGUCCCGCAAUAAUAUAAUUAUAGGCAGAAGACAGGCGGCGUCCUAAUCUCUGAAUAUUAGGCCAUGACAAAGUUUUUUAUAAGUUUGUAUCUCAAUAAAAUAUACAAUUUUGGCUAAAA